AUGUCCAAACUUCUCUACCUACUUGGUUCUUCUCUGCCUUGUUUGCUGCUGAUUCUGCUACUUGGCCUCUCUGGAUCCCAAGGCCAGGAGAGGUUCCAGGUGCUGCAGCCUAAGGAUCCCAUUUCUGUAGCAGAGGGAGAGACAGUCACCCUGAACUGCACAGUGCCUGGGACUCCACCAGCAGGACCAGUGAAAUGGUUCAAGGGGAAAGGGCUCCAGAGACAGGAAAUUUACAAUUUUAAAGGCCACACCUCCCUGCGGAUAAAGGCAGUAGCCCUAACUGCAAGAAAUACAGACUUCUCUAUCAGCAUCAGCAACUUCACUUCAAAUGACACAGGCACCUAUUACUGUGUAAAGUUCAAAAAGGGGAAUCCUGACACUGAACUUAAAUCUGGUGGGGGCACCAUUUUGUUUCUGAGUGCCAAACCUUCUGUACCUGUGGUAUCUGGCCCCCAGGAGAGAGUAAACAUUAAGCAGAUGGAGAAUUUCACUUGUAACUCAAUUGGCUUCUCUCCCAAAAACAUCACCCUGAAAUGGCUUAAAAAUGGGAAUGAGAUCCUGACCCAUUGGACCAAGGUUUUCCCUGAGAGUGACAGUGGCUCCUACGGUGUCACCAGCACUGUGCUGGUGAAACUAGAAGCUAGCGAUGUCCGCUCCAAGGUCAUCUGUGAGGUGAAUCACCGCAUGUUACACUCUCCUCUUCGAGGGACAAAGCAUCUGUCAGACAUUAUCCGAGUUCCACCUAAAGUGAACAUUUCUUCUCAACUACUUUCCAAGAACCAUACCAAGAUCACCUGUCUUGUGAUGAGGUUUUACCCCAAAGCUGUGAGUAUCAUCUGGCUAGAGAAUGGCACUGAGAUUGAGAAAGGGAAGAUAACUGAACCCACAGAGAACAAAGAUGGCACCUACAGCCUCAGCACCUCACUCCUGAUCAAUACGUUCAGUCAAAAGGAAGUCCAAGAGAUCACUUGUCAGGUGUUGCAUGAUUCCCAGACUCCAAUCAGUGCUAGUAAAACAUUAGGAGCCCGACCUCCUUCUGGAACUAUGGAUAAAAAAGAAUCAGGGCAAGACGUUUCUGGCCAAUUCUUUGUAAUUUUCCUUCUGGGACUGAAGGUGCUAUUGUUGCUCAGCAUAUCCUGCCUCUAUGUCAUCAGAAAGUGA